AUGCAUUUGAAGAGAGCUCCCCUAACAGGGUUCGAUAAAGGCCACAGUCUUGAGCCUAAGAAGGUCGUACUAGUCCUAGAUGGGCUGGAUUUGUUACUAGCUACUCUCGAAAGCCCAAAGCAGGAUGGCGAGGAGACCCUGAUAGCUUUCAGAGACAUGCUAAUAGAUAUGAGAGAGCAUACACAUGCUAUGAUCAUUACCCUGGAGACUGAUGACCCACUGAUCAAAGAGCAGCAGUCGGUAUUAGAACAACGGCAUGCUUGGUUCGCCAUCGGUCUUGCUCAUGACGCCGAUAUGCUGCUUAGUCUUCGACUCCUCGAUACUGGAGUCGCCAAGGACGUUAGUGGCGUGAUCAGGAUAACCUGCCCAGGGGAUGGUAUUGAUCACAAGGAUGAGGAGUUCUUGUAUCAUGUGGGGGGUGAUGGUGGUGUUAGAGUAUUCGAAAGAGGACAGCAGUAG